AAAAAAUAGCCAACUUUUUAUCCCACAAAUCAAGAAGUCCCAUUUGAGCUAUGGUUAUAUAUUUCAAUUGAACUCAAACAUGAAACAUCUCUAAAUUAUUUAAAUAAAUAAAAUCAGACAAAUAAAAUGGCAUCAAAAUUACUUUUUUGCCAACUUCCAGUUCCCUUAGUUCAUAUUAGUCCUUGGCAAACCCCAAGAAUCAAAUGGACCAAGAACAGCAAUAUUUCCUCAAAUCAUAGUUUCGUGGAGACGCCCGAUUCAAUCAAGGCGGCCCUGAAUCGAGGUCGACGUUUCGACCACGUCAACUGUGUGCAAAAUAAUGGAGUAGUUCAAGUUAUGUUUACACCGCCGAGUGUGUGCGUGGAGUCACUAAACGGAUCGGAGGACGAAUACAAUGGAAUCGUUAUCGAUCCAACGAGCUUACCCUCUAGCGCUAACGCCUUUGCGUCACUACUUAAAACUUCCUUAUCCACCUGGAAAUCAAAGGGUAAGAAGGGAAUAUGGCUAAAGAUAUUUGAAGAGCAAGCACACCUUGUUCCCAUAGCCAUUCAGGAAGGUUUUGUUUACCAUCAUGCUGAAGAUGGAUAUGUUAUGCUAACACAUUGGAUACCCGACGAACCCUGCUCGUUGCCAUGUGGGCCACGGCAUCAAAUAGGCGUCGCCGGAUUUGUGAUCAACCACAAUAAAGAGAUUCUUGUAGUGAAAGAGAAGUGCUCCUAUAGUUGCUGUGGAGUGUGGAAGUUGCCAACUGGUUAUAUUGAUAAGUCUGAAGAAUUGUUCUCAGGAGCUGUAAGAGAGGUGAAAGAAGAAACUGGAAUUGAUACAACAUUCUUGGAGCUGGUAGCUUUCAGGCAUAUACACAAGGUGGCGUUUGAGAAAUCGGACUUGUUGUUUGUUUGCAUGCUGAAACCAUUAUCCCUGGAAAUCAAGAUUGAUCAAAACGAAAUUCAGGAUGCAAAGUGGAUGAGUCUGGAUGAACUGGUGAGCCAGGAAUUUUACGAAGAAGAUGAAAUGUCGAAAAGGGUCAUCGAAAUUUGUAGGGCAACUUACGAGAAAAAUUACAGUGGAUUCGUUGCACAUCAAGUUGUAUCAAAAUUUGAUGGGAAGCUAUCUUCAUACUUGUAUUACAAGGAUGUCGACAAUGUUAGUUAAUUUAUUCGGGUGUUUUCGAAAUCUAUUUAAUGGAAAUUAUGCUUUAUAUAUAAUUAUGUAUAAUUUCAGUUUAAUAUUUGAAGGAUUCCGUAUGUUUUACUCA